UCAUAAGAUGCAUUAUGAAUACUCUACUAGCAAGGAACAAGAAUGAUCUACACUAAAACAUCCUAGAACUAACCUAAUCACCCUUGAUCUCCCUAACCCAUGAAUUCAAAAGGUGAUUACUCACUAAUCUCCAUGAUUCUUCUUAAACCCAUAUUGGAUUUCAAAUUAAUCAUGUAGAGAAAUAGAUAAGAGAUCAACAAGAACACAAGAUGAAAUCAAUGCAAUCUAAAUCAAAAGAAGUUUUUUACUAGUUCUUCUCUAGAAAAGAGAUUAUUUGCCUUCCAUGGCUUACAAAAGUAUUUAACUUAGGUUUAGAAAGUGUAAAACAUCAAAACAAAUGACCAAAAGGCCCCUGAAAUAACAUCAAAAUCGUCCAAGCAAAACACGCGGAGUGACCUAGCAUAGUCGCUCCAGGAGGUCGCUCCCGACGCGUUUCUUCGUGUCUCGCCCCGUCAAAACGCGAGCUACUUGAACUGGUCGCUCUGGCUGGGAGUGACUUGAGCUAGUCGCUCUGGCUGGUUGCUCUGGCUGGGAGCGACCUCGGUAGGUCGCUCCAGGAUGCUCGAACAGGGUGGAUAUGUCUCUAGUAAAUUGGUCAUAACUCCUUCAUUACAUCUUCAAAUGACUUGAAACCACUUCCAUUAGAAAGCUAACUCAAAUUGCUGUGUCUUCACAAAAUCUUAGCAACAGAAGAUUUCUCUAAAGGCUCCAUCCAUGCUCAUCUUUCACCCCCCUUUUGGAUCACAAUGCUCCCAAACAUCUCAAAUCACUCCAUGGCACACUUCAGCACCUAAUAAGGACAAUGAAUGCAAAAUGCGACCUAGACAUGGCUAAAUCCUAAUCUAUAUGAUAAAAAUGCUCAUAGAUGAAUGGAUAAAACAAUGCAAAUAUGCAAGAUAUCAAUCUUUUACGUACAAUCACUACCAAAUAUCUAGAAUUAGUUUUAGGAUCCACAUAGUCUCAAAAUAAAUCAUAGCUAUAACAUGUUUUUACCGGUGUCACUUGCUUAACCUUCGUUCCAAGGAAUAUACAUUAAAUUAUACAUAUUUAUUUUGGUUAUUCAGCCCAGUUUUUGUAUUUGUGUUCUUAUUAUACGCUCCAAGUGUAUGAAAUUAACAGAUUAGGAGAAAUGAAAUAUGUGUUUACUGUUUUCAUGCACCAACGAGGUAGAAUAGGCUUGUUUGAUUCUCAUGAAACAUUCAAAAUCUAAGUUAGCAGCAGUUCUGAUCUCCACAGCUAAUAAAGCCAACUUUUUUGUAGUUGGUCGAAUUAUUUAUUGCAUCUGUCAGAUGUCUUUCAGAAAAUACGUAAAAAAAAAGAACACGAAAAAUCUAAAAGGAGAUGUCAACAAAUUCGGAUCUGGUAAAAACAAUCAUAAUUUAUUUUUGGAAAAUCCCACCAAAGAUUUUCUGUUUUAUUAACUUCUACAACCAAGGGAAGGUACAAGGCGGUUUUAUAACGGAAAACAGCCUUCUCACAUCGUGUCCUGAGGUUGUCUUUGUCGUUCUUGCUUCAUCAUAAAAACAAUUUUCCUUCUUAAAAUCAUCUAAUAACGAAACCCAAUCUACCAAAAUCUGCAGAACUAAAUAAACGAGAGGAUUAAUAACCUGUUUCAAGUAUUGAAGGUUCUUGUCUUACUUUAUGCUUUUCUUGUAAAACCCAUCAGCAGCAAGCGAGAUAUACCCCAAGGAUAGUUACGCAAUGGAACAAUGGAAGUUUAUAGGAAUAAACUAGUGAUCCUCUGACCUCUGGAAAACUACAAAACAAAGAAUUAGCUUAGGUUUUAAACUUUGUAGAAAUGAGUUGUUUCUUGGGGUCAACCACGAACAGCAAAAGUAGGGAGAAUGAAGGCUCAUCCAUGGUUGCUGGUUAUGAACAACAGAACCCUCAGUGGAAUGAUAGGGGACAAAUAACUUCAUGGGAAUCAGUGGCAAUUAGCAAAGAAUCACCAAUCAAUAUUGAGGCAAAGAGUUACACAUUCCGUGAAUUAGCGGCUGCUACAAAUAGUUUCAAGCAAGAGUUCUUAAUUGGAGAAGGAGGGUUCGGGAGAGUUUACAAAGGGAAGCUGGAGAAAACAGGACAGGUGGUGGCUGUGAAGCAACUUGAUCGAAAUAGAUUACAAGGGAACAGAGAGUUUCUGCUAGAGAUCUCUGCGUUAAGUACUCUUAAUCAUCCCAAUCUUGUUGAUCUUAUUGGAUAUUGCGUUGAUGGAGACCAAAGACUUCUUGUUUAUGAGUUUAUGCCUCUUGGUUCCCUUGAAGAUCAUCUUCUCGUUAAACCAGAUGCUGCACCGGGACAACAACCAUUGGAUUGGAACACUCGGAUAAGGAUAGUCUUAGGAGCUGCAAAAGGGCUUGAGUAUCUCCACGAAAAGGCAAACCCUCCGGUGAUAUAUCGAGAUUUUAAAUCGUCGAAUGUACUGCUCAACAGAGAUUUCGAAGUAAAACUAUCAGAUUUUGGUUUGGCAAAACUUGGUUCGGUUGGUGACACACAAAAUGCAUCGUCCCGAGUUACGGGAACCUACGGUUAUUGUGCUCCUGAGUAUCAGAAAACCGGUCACCUUACGGUUAAAUCUGAUGUGUAUAGUUUUGGAGUCGUGUUGUUGGAACUCAUAACCGGUAAACGUGUUAUUGACACAACGAGACCGAGUUAUGAGCAAAACCUUAUCACUUGGGCACAACCGAUUUUCAGAAAACCAAAUAGAUUCCCGGAGCUAGCUGAUCCACUCCUUCGAGGCGAGUUCCCGGAAAAAAGUCUAAACCAAGCUAUAGCAGUAGCGGCAAUGUGUCUGCAUGAAGAACCAAUAGUUCGACCAUUAAUCAGCGAUGUCGUUACCGCCUUAAGUUUUAUGAGUACAGAAACCGAUUCAUCAUCUGGUUUCACGGGUAGCGUCCUAAAAUUUCAACCUUCGUCUGGUAAAAUUCAAACAGUGGAGGACCUGCUUCAAUAUUAGUCACCUCCAAGACAAAGAGAUGUGAACUUGCUACUAUAAAGACUUUUACAAAACGUUUCGAAACUUAUUUAUUUUCUUUCUUUUCAUUUAUUUAUUUAUUUAUAUAAAUAAUACUGUAUAGUUAAAUAUUCACGCCAUGUUUUUUUUUGGCCGUUUAAGCCAUGAUAUAUAUAGAGUUUUACCAAAAUAAAUUAAAAUUGAAUAUUUUCCCUUAGAAUAUGAUAUUUUGAUGAAACGGUAAAUAAAAUGACACUAUUUAAUCUGAUAUUUUUUGAGACUAAAGACUCUUAUAUUAUUCAAACAGGUGGUAUGAAAAUUUAAAUCAGAAUAGAAAAACAAACAUAAAAAAAUCUAUAUGAGCAGAUCUUGCAGUUAGGACUGGACAUUUUAUCCGGACCCGAGGACCCGAUCCGAAAUCGACCCAAAAAAUCCUGACCCAAUCCAUAAUCAACCUGAUCUUUUUACCCUAGUGGGUCUUGUUGUGAAAGACAUGCGGGUCUUGUUGUGAAAGACCCGCGGAUCAAAGAAAAACAUUAUUUGGAAUGACUUUCACCGGUAAGGACGGCUGCUCUUUUUGAGUUGUUGUAUCGGAAAGUCCAAUGAAUUCCCGUAAACAAACAGGGGAACUCUGAUUCUCGUACAAUCAACAUUUUCUUGGACCGACCCGACCCGAACCCGAGACCCGAGUGGGGUACCCAAAAGUCUGAAACUUCUAGUAUAUAUUAGGUAUAUAUGGGUGUUUCAGUUUAUUUUUGGUAUAAUGUGUAUUUUUUUUCUAAGUUUCAAAUCUUAGUUUUUGGGUAUGGUUUUGGAUUUCGGAUAAAAAUCUAGAUUUUCAAAAAUAUAAUUCGGAUAAUCAGAUAAAAUUUCGGAUAUUUUUCAUGUCCUUGGAUCAGAUUUUAGACAAAAUUUAUCAUAUUUUUCGAGUAUUUAAAUAUUUUUAGGUAUUUUCUAUGUGUUUUUAGGUAUAUUUUGGGGUUGGACCCGACAUGACCCAUCCGUAACCGAACUGAAUCCGAAUUGAUAACCUCUAAUUACCAUAUUGGGUCUAACUAUCUAAAACCCGAUCUGACCCGGACCCAAGAAGACCCGAACCGUUAAUUUCAAAUUACCAUAUUAGGUCCUAAACUUUUAGACCCGAAGGACCCGGACCCACAACGACCUGACCUAAACCCGACACGAAGACCCGAAUGCCCAAGCCUACUUGCAGUUAUAAUAGCUAAAGAACCAGUGGAUACAUUUUUUCCCAUGGUAUGUAGGAAAUAAUGAAUGAUUAAAAAAAUUGUUGUAGUGAUCCUAAACUCUUUUAGUUCUUUAAAAAGGUUGGCCGUGCAUGAAUGUCCCAUUCCUCGCAAUAAAGUCCUUUCACUCUACCCAAAAUGCUGAUAUGUUGAAUAUUGUAACAUGCUUUUCCCUUGCCCAUGAUUCCCGCUCCGAGUGCAAAUAUGUUGCAGGCUGAGAUUCAGACUACUCAAAUGGUCUGACUGAGGUUCAAACAGAUCGGACUGGACAAGAAGAACAGACGGACAGAGGGGCGGCUAGGCGGAUGCGAUGGAGAGAGGAUCGACCGAUUUGUACCUGAAACAAGAGAGAAUGAUUUUUUUUUUGAGUUCUUAUGGAUUUAAAAUGAAGAACAGGAAGUAAACUAACUGAGAAAUGAAGAACAGAAACAAAUAUGACUUUUUAUGAAUUUUUAUUAAGAAUGGCCGAUCUAAAUUACAAGAUGCAAAAUGAAACAAAACAAGAGAAAAAUAGAGAUGGCGGAUGGAUUCAAGUUGCUGAACGUGUCUCUCUCAACAAGAACAGGGGAUGGAGAUGGCAUGAAGAUGGAAUCUGGCUUGCUGGACUGAUGUCUCUCUCAAGCUGGAUCGGUGGAUGGAAUGGAGCGAGGAAUCGCCACAAGUUUGGUGAUGAAAACUUGUUAAGAUUCAAGGGUUCUUUCUAGCCGGCUUUACACACAAGUCUAGAGAGAAAAUCUUUGCUGGGGCAAACUGACUCAUAUAUUUCAUGAACUAAAAAAAAUACAAGGCUGCAUAUAGUGGGGAUUAAAUACCCGGCAGCUAUUCCCUUCUAGGGGACUUCAAGCAAAAACGACAUUGACUCUUUGGGACUCUAAAUCGUGAAGGCUUAAACAGAAUGGACCGACUCUACUUGGACUCUAAACAAAGGUUAAACAAAUGGCCUUGAAUUAUUGGACUCAAA